AGCGCGAGGGAAAAUGGCGGCGCUGAAGGAGGAGCAGAGUUAUGGGCUCUCCUGUGGGAAACUCAGCUCGGGCAACAAUGUCUCAGUUCUUCAUGUCAAACUCACCGACAGCGCGUUGCGGGCGCUCGAGGCUUACCAGAACUGCAAGAGCAAUCUGUCCUGCCAGCCUGGGAUUCGCUUUGAGGGAAACCAAGGGCGGAUCACCAUUCCGAGGCCAGAUUGCCCAAAUGAAGUGCGGACAUUCACAUUUUAUCUUUGUAAUGUCGGCAGGGACAAUCCCCAGUGCAGCUUUGACUGUAUUCAACAGUAUCAAUCCCGCUUUGGCAGUGUGCAGCUAGACUGUCUCGGGGGCAUACAGGAUAAAAUCACUGUGUGCGCGACUGAUGACUCCUAUCAAAUGACCAGGGAGCGUAUGACUCAAGCAGAGGAGGAAACUCGUAGCCGCGGAGCAAUAGUUAUUAAACCCGGAGGUCGAUACAGAGCUAAAAGGGUGCUCCGUAAACCGGCCCCCGGUAUCCCUGAUGCUGUGCCCCAACGGAGGCGACCGACACCAGUGAACCUAGCAAAUACAAUGAAGAAAUACGUCAGCAAUGUUUCCCAUCUGCCCUAUCGAGACCGUGUCAUCCACUUACUGGCUCUGAAGCCUUACAAGAAACCAGAGUUAAUUCUUCGAUUGCAGAAGGAUGGAAUCAGCCAGCAGGAUAAGGACUCAUUGGAAAAUCUCCUGCAGCAGGUGGCUAACCUGAAUGUAAAGGAUGGCACUUUUACAUUGAAAGACUUUGCAUACAAGGAGAUCCAGAGAGAUUGGCCUGGGUACUCAGACGGUGACCAACAGUUGCUGAAGAGAGUUCUUGUUCGGAAAUCCUGUCAACCACACAAUGCUAGUGGGGGUUCUGGGGAGACACCAUCAUCGAGUCCAAAGGACAGUGCAAAUUCAGCCUCUCCACCACAGAAACGAUCAUUGCCCAAUGAUUUUAUUGAUCCGCUGGCCAAUAAGAAGCCAAGAAUAUCUCUUUUGACUAGUCGGGUUCCACCAACUUUAAACGGCAGGAUAAACCCCUCCAAUGGGAAAGAAGCAGGAGCUCCCUCUGUCCAAUCAGCUGCCCCCGAUUCAAUUAGCUCCACUUCCACCUUGCCGAUGAUUGUGGAGAUUCAGCGACCACACGACCUCCCUUCAGAAGUCAGCAGCAAUUCAAGUCACAAUGGCCGGGACUGCGAAAGCCAGGAGGUCCCAGAGCGAACUGUCUGCCAGCCCCCCUCGCAUUUUGCUCGUCCGAAUGCGCCAUCACUCCAUGUGAAGUCAAGGAAAAAAUCUAAAAAGCACAAAGACAAGGAGCGAGCAAGGGAGAGGCAGGGCAGUGAGGCGGGGUGUGGAGAGCGAGUAAAAGUCUGUGAUUUCCUUCAGAGUUGCAGGGAGCAGAAGAAAACUGUUCCGCAGAAGUCUGCAGGGUUAAACGGUAUGUGUAAUAGCUCCAGCGUUCCAACAUCGACAUCAGACGUGCCUGACUAUUUACUCAAAUAUGCAGCAAUUGCAUCGCAGGAGCAGAGACAGGGUUACAAAACUGAUUUCAAUGCAGAGUACAGUGAGUACCGGGACCUGCACUCCAGGAUAGAGAGCAUCACCAGGCGGUUCACACAGCUGGACGCUGAGCUGAAACAGCUCUCACCCGGAUCUGCAGACUAUAAGAGCAUUCAUGACCAGAUCUUACAAGAAUAUCGGAAAAUUAAGAAGACAAAUCCCAAUUACAGCCAGGAGAAGUAUCGCUGUGAAUAUCUACACAAUAAACUGGCUCACAUAAAGAAAUUGAUAGCAGAAUACGACCAGAAGCAGCUGCAAUCCUGGCGUUAGCAUGGCUAUUUUACCAGCGAGAGAUAUGGCAAGCAAUUGCAUCUAAUUGUGUUUCCAGCUUCUCCUGUGUGUGUGCUUCACAAGAGGAGACAAACUGCAUCGACUGAGACCAGCGCUAACUUUAAUUAGGGAAACUUGUGGGGAUGGGAGGGGGGACCCCUGUCAGUAACUGUCUAGUGAGGAGAGUUUAGUCUUCUAAAGGACAAAGGCUUUAAAAAAAAAUGGAAGCGGUACCCAGGACUUCUGUUCAUUGUGUCCCCAAACUCUUCAAACUUGUUGUGUCUCCUCCCCACUCCCCAAACUUGUUAUUCAUUAUGUGUCCCUCACCUGACUCUUCAAACUCUUCCUUUUGGGAGUGAUAUUUUUGUUGCUGUUGCCUUUGUCCUCCCUUCUUCACUGUGCAAGAUAUGGUCCAAGUAUUACAUGUAAACUCUGCCACCCAAAGAGACUGGUUUGAGGGGUUGGCACCUGUUCAUUCAAGUGCCGUCUGCCCUGGUUGUUUGGCAUUAAGUGCCCACUUUCCUCAUAAAGUAUUUAAAGUGUCUGUCCAGAAACUGCAGUGGUUGCAAUAGCUGGGGAUCUAAGGGCAAUUACUUUCCGCUGACUCACUGGGUUGCAGGUGCAAGCUGCAGCACACAGUGAGCUGUCUUUGAGGCCACAUCACCCCUGCAAGCCAGCCUGGCACCUGUUAAUGGCCAUGCUGCAUCUACUCUUCAGGUUCUGCCUGCAGACUCUCAUAGCCUGAAGCUCAGACCCCACUUACCAACUCCAAGAAAGAGGUGCUUAAGCUUACUUAGAGGUGUUGUUUACUGUGAUCAGUGCAACUGGGCAAGUCCCACAAUGAAAUGGCAUCUUCUGCCAACAGGCCAGGUAAAGUAAUGAUCCAAUAUCAGUGUUCAAUGCUGUGACCCCUUCCCCCCACAACCAGGCAGGAAUUGAUGGAAUCACGAUUAAGUGAUUGUAUUCUUUUUUUAUAUAAUGUUUGGGAGAUUAGUGAGAUCCAAGUCUGUCAAAAUUUGUUUCAAGCUGCCCUGGGUGCAGUGCAUCAGGACUUCAUCAUUGCCCGUGAGGGUCACUCUUGUGCCAAUCUCUCCCAAAAGGGCCUCAGUAUGCCUUUGGUCCAGAGACUCCCAGUGUACAUAUAUUCCAUUCUCUAACUCCACCCUCAGCCCCACACCCCCACUCCAAGCUCCAAGGCAGACAACUGCUUAUGUCACUAACCUUUACCUAAGAUAGUUUUACCUCCAUCUUCCUUGAAGCCCAGAUGUUGAACUAUGAGCUCCCUCUUUGGCUGCUCUGGACAGCUCAGGGCUGCUGAUGCCACAUCAUUAUGCGAUGCUGAUUUCUGCAUUGGGCUCCUGCCCCAUUAAGUAGAUUCCUGACAUCAAAGCCAUCUCCUAAUCCUGAUUUGCACUUUCUGUGCAACUCGUCUUCCACUCUCUAUGUGAGAGGUGCGUCAGUCUCCUUAGUGGUCCCUGCAUUUUGCUUUUGAGAUGGGAUAUUAAUUUGAACAACCUAAGGAAAGACAACUGUAUUUUUAACCUUUUAUAAUGCACAUUCAAAAAUGUGACGGAUACAGCUUAGUCUGGUUAAAACAUAAAGGAAUGUGCAAGGUCCAAAUAGAAUCAAAUGUUAAAUCUUCACCCUCUCGGUUUGAGUUAUGGUCCUUUUAUUCCUAACUAGUUCAGAUCUGAGAGAUGGACAGAGAGAACAGUUUAAAAUCUACACUAGAUAACAAACAGCAGCUUAAUCCUGUUCUGGAGACAAAGUAAAGACAUUUCAUUGAGCAUUUUCAAAUUUGAAAAUCCAAUCGUCAAGUCAAAUUCUUUCUCCCAACUGAUCCUGCCAAUUUCAGUUGUUUUGUGAUUUAUGCUUUUCACCAAGCCCCAGGUUCAUUUACAUGUACUAAUAAUUGAAGUUUACUUGUGUUUAUUUGAAGGGUUGCAGGAGCUCUAGUGUACCACAUUGUUAUCAUCACAGCAAUGAAAUGUGCCAAUCCUGUCUUUUACUUUGAAGUGUGUCCUUGAUAACUGGGGAUCACAAAAUGUUAUUUUAUUCAAUAUUAACAGGACUUCACUCAGCAGCCUGACGACAUUCAUUUCUGUUUGAUAUUUGAUUCACUGAUUUGCCGAUGUUGGAGUGAAAUAGCAACAGAUUUAAUCAGUUCGUUUUGGAGACUGAGUCAGCCAGUUCCCUGUUGUAACUGCCAGGAAGCAGAUAUCAGCUGGAUCCCAAUCUCCAGUCUACACUCUCCACAAUUCUGAAUGGGUCCCUUUUUAACCUCCUCUUUCUCCCUGACUUACCUCUGACAGGGGAGAGGUUCCACAGACUGCCACUGCGUUCACUGCCCCUUUUUAGUAACUUACUUAUUUUGAGCUGAGAUUGUGGGAGACUUGCUGUAAUCAUUGUAUUUGGGUAUGGGGAGAGAAGGGAGGAAAGAAAUCCUGAGCAGGUUAAGACUGUUGAAUGGAAACUUAGGUACCCACCCAGGUGUCUAAUGGGAUCUCCCAAUCCUUAUAUAUCUUAAUCUGUAAGUAAAGAUUCUUCGAUGUUUGAACUGUUAUUUUUUUUCCCAGCACACUAGGUUAAGGAUUCAGUCCACAUCUGGAAGGUGUAGCAGAGAGAUUUGGGAUUUUCAUUUUUUUCCCCAGUGUCAGUGAAUGUCAUCUCUUUCCCCAUUAAACAGCAAAAUUGUUAAAGGGUCAGAUUCUGUACACUAGCUAAUGCUGUACAGGAUUGUGUAAUUAAAACUGAAAUCGGUAUUAAGGAAUGUGUGGCUAUGUCUGGGCCCAGGUGCCAGUCAGAAUUGUCUGCAGGAGGCAGAACUGCACACUUCCUCAGAGUUUAAUUUUAUGAAACACCUGUACCUCAGUUUAUAGCAUCCCAGAGAUCUGAGGCACAUUUUAAAGCUGGAUUAACAUUGCACUAGAGUUGUGUUUCAAAUCAGGAACCCUUAUCUUUGUUUAAACAAUUGAAGCCCAUAGUGAAAUACCAAAUUUGGUAUUUUGUGCUGGAACGGAUGUUGGUACGGCUUAUGGCCAGUGUGUCCAAUGAUGGCACAAUGUGGGUGUGGGGAUUGGGGUUAGUGUAUUGUUUCUACCUUGCCAUAUACCACAUUUGGAAUGGAGUCUUCUAGAGCACAGUACUCAACAUGGCCCUAGAUCUGGGAAUCGGUGAACGUGAGGAAAAGUUAAAUAAAGCUGACACCUUCCCCAUUUCACAGCAAAUAACAACAGCAGAAUGGAACAAACACCAACACAGGCUUGCCCAGUGCUAUUUCUGGAAAUUUAUGUAGGAUUUGGAUUCAUUUUUCUUUAAACCUUUACUGUGACUUAUCAGUGAUGCUGAGAAAUUGAGUUAUGUAUGGAGACAGACAUAGUAUAACUGAAUGCAGACAUCCUGGAUUCCUUUAUCCCAUGCAAUAAAAGCUUAUUUAACUUA